AUGCCCAGCCAGCAGGGUGCCGUACCAGAGAACACAGUUUCAACUGAGGAGCUACGAAUUCGUGAUGAGUUGGAGGCAGAGAUAGAGGACUUGGAACAUGAAAUCAUCGAUAGCAUGUGCCGCCUCGCACGCCACCUUCAGAGGCUGUAUCAGCAGAGGAAUAUAAGAGAAUUUACUGGUUCGGUCACUGAUUACCAGUUUUCACUGCCCCAUGCAGAAAAUGCACCUUCUUCUAGAGAUGAAUAUCAGGAUAAAAUUGGAUGGCCAAUGCCGGAUUGA